AUGGAUUUGCUACUCGCAGGGCUCGACGUCACUGGUUAUGGUGCCUAUAAGGUCUAUUAUUUGCCUUCUGUGGUCAAGAAGAGGAAGAGGUUUUUAAAGCUUCUUGAAGCCUUGAUUUCCAUGGCCGAAGCUGUAUCCGAUUCCGCGGAGACGAUCUCAGUCAUUUCCAAGGACUUGAAGGAGUUCCUUCAAUCAGAUUCGGAUCAAAUUCCCACUACUCUUCGCUUACCUUCUGAAACCAUCGUUGAUGUCUGCGCUGCAACGUCUCAACUAUCCAUCUGCCCUGUCAACUGCUUUCGAACCGAUCCCGUCUGUGGUGUCGAUGGAAUUACCUACUGGUGUGGCUGCGCAGAUGCUAUGUGCGCAGGUACCCGUGUUGCGAAAUUAGGGUUUUGCGAUGUCGGGAAUGGCGGUAGCGGUCCCGUCUCUGGGCAGGCUCUUCUUUUGGUUCACAUUGUGUGGCUCAUCGUUCUAGGGUUUUCGGUCUUGUUCGGCGUCUUCUGAUCCGAGAAAUCUGACAGAAUUGAUGUACGCUUUGUUCCUUUUAUGCUUCUCUGUUCUUUAAUAUUCCGUAUUUCCUUUUCCGGGGUUGGAUAAGAAUCCUGUAUUUUUUUUUCAUUGUUGUGUGUAUUGGCUAAUUCUUUUUUUUUUUUUUUGUCUGUUACAGCCAUUGUUUUGCACAUAUGUUCUGUAUAAAAGAGAUCUGAUUCUUUUUCAGUUUUUC